AUGGGCUGUGCUAAUUAUCAUGCCCGUGUUCGCUUUGAGAAUGGUCCUGCUUGGCUACUUCGAGUGCCUCGAAUUAACGGCAGUAUUCCUCAGCAACUUAUCGACUCCCUUAUUCGCAGUGAAUAUGCCACUCUUAAAUUUCUUGAAACGACUCAAGUACCUGCCCCUCGCGCGUUCGGGUAUGAUCUCGCUAGUGACUCGAAUAAUAGACUUGGUGUAAGCUAUAUCCUCAUAGAAGAGAUGCCUGACAAACCUUGGAAUCAGCAUGGACCACAUGGGAAGCGCUCUGCAGAUAAGAAUGACAAGAACAAGGUAUGGAAUGAGCUGGCAGAUAUUCUCAUUAAGCUUAAAAGCCAUCCAUUCCCGAAAGCUGGAUCUCUUCUUCCAGGCCCUUUGCCUUCAAACCCAAUAGUUUCUGCUAUUGCUAGUGAGCGAUUUCUUGUUCUGAGUCCGUCUGGGCCCUAUGACACAUCUUUCAACUAUUACACAAUUACACAUCGUUUGUGGAGCAAAAUAUGUCCCUUAUUGCUGAUGGCCAGCUUUUCCCCAUCAUUCCCAUUAAACGCGUAUCUCGUAUUUCUAUUCUUGAAGUCUCAGAUUCAGGAUAUUUCACCGAAAGCGAACUAUAGCUCUGUGAAAAACACGGAGCAGUUCUUCAUCAAACAUGUGGAUGAUAAGGGAGAUCAUUUAAUGGUGGACGAUGAGGUAAAUGUUAUUGGAUUUAUUGAUUGGCAAAUGGCUCGGGUGGUUCCUGCCGAUGAAGCUUUUGGACCCUCUUUGGUGACAGCAGAAAUGGGCGACAUUUACGACGGCUUUUCGUCCAUGACUAUUCAUGAUCGCACAUUAGCUCGCCUCUUAAAGGAGAGGGGAGAAGAUGGCUUGGCUGGUAUCAUGUGCAAAAAUGAAAAGCUGCGGAGAUUUUUCUUUGGCCUUGAUGUGGAUUUCUGCUGGGAUGAAACACUUCUAUUAAUCCGAGGCCUCUGGGCUACAUUUGGAGUCGCGAGAGAGACAGACUGGAAUUCAUGGAAGAAGGAAAUGCUGCAACAAUAUUUCCAUGAAGAACGUCUUAAGGGGAUUAUUGAUAGGUUCGGUUUAGGCCGGUGA